AUUGUCUUGCCUUCGCCAUAAUGCCAGGAAGACAUCGCGCCUAUACUACCGAGCACCCGGCGAAGGGUUUCAAGUGGUUCCCAUGGAAGCGGGAAAAGAAAGUGGUGGUCGAGCCUGUGCAGGUGUGGUCAGAUUGGGUGUCAAGUGAAGAUGGAACCUACUUCUAUCGAGCCAGGAAGUUGGCUGACGGCACUUGGGGAGAUUAUGAAUACACAGAGGGUUACUACAUGGGAAAUUAUGCGGGGGAAUAUGCCGGAGGGUAUGCCGGAGGAUAUGCGGAUGGGUAUAUGGGAGGCAUAGAGAUACCCCAGGAGAAGGAAUACCACCCGGCAGUUGCGGUCAGCCCUUGGAAACUCCCCGAAGAGCCCGUUGCGAUCAUGCCAGAGAGCUCCGAGGUCAUGGAGGAUCCAGAACCCAGGUACGCGGAGAUCGCAGAGUCAGAGCCCAUUGGAGAGUUUUCGGUCGCAGAUGAGGAGGAACAACAUCAAGGCACUACCACCAACGCCACCUCAGUCUCGGGUGAUGAUGCUUUUGACAGCCCGUCAGAAGACGACGGCUACCGUGAAAGCGAGCCCUUACCGACCGUGCAAGAAGCGGAGCCCAUGGUGUUCACUCACGAACCAGAACCCUUUCGAGCCUUGUCCCCGGUGCCAACAUUGCGACGAGAGUACAAACCGAGGCGAAGGCAUACAACCGGGGCCGACACCAGCGUCCCAGCUUCGUACCACCGUCCGCGAGUUCCCCAUCGGCAUACAUUCAACGAAGGCCAAAAAGAAGGCCACAAAGACAGUCACAGCCAGGAUCAUCACCACCACAGACGCACCAAAAGUCACGACUCGAACCACAAACAGCCGCUCCUAUUCUCCAUCUUCUAUGCAGUAACCAAAACCCAUGCCGGUCCCCAAAUCCGCCGCAUGCCCUCCGCUUCACCCCAUCGAUCCUCCACACGCGGCAAAUCAACAACACGCACCUCCACCCGCCCCUCAACCGCCACAUCCUCCUCCUCUUCCCGCGCCCCCUCAGCUUCAGUAAGCAAGCAUCAAGACAAUACCAGUACCAGAGUUGCCGUCCCUAAAACAUCUACCCAGAAACCAACGACAAAGAAACCACCAGUCACUACCAGGUCAACAAAGCCCAAGAAACCACCAGUGCCCACAGCAAGCGAGACCACUGUCGUCGUGCCCCUCGACACGGGCGUGCCGUCUGUGAUUGCGCCGCCGGGGAAAGCAACGAUCACCAAGACGAAGAAGUUUAAUUCCAAGAUUAAGAGCGAGAAGGAGAUGAAGGUGGAUAGUAAGAAGAUGAUUAAGGGGUGGUUGGCGGGGAUGGAGCCAGGAGCGGAAGACAAGAAGAUGAAGGGUAAGGGUAUUGGGAAGGAAAGAGGGAGGAGGAUGACGAAGUGAUGAAUGAGGUUAUGAAAGGAUAGGUUCUUGGGGGGGAUGACCUUGGUUGAUGAAUAAUGGCUGAUGAAUUUACAAGGACUACGAGGAUUUACGAGAUAAUGAUAAUAGAGGUCGGACGGAAAGAGGGGGUUA